AACGAAGGAUCGCGGCAACGCCCAGUGAGCUUUGCACCGACGUCACAGCGGCCUACCACGAGGUGGUGACGACGCCGCUAACGUCACAUGUGGACUUCAGCAUCUCAAUAGAAACCCCACGCCCCAGUCCGCUCACCGCUGUGGAAACUGCAUUUCCCAUUAACUUUCUCCGUAAUUACUCAAAAAAAUCCGCGAAAGCAAAGCCGCAUCUCUCUUUCUUUCCUUCUGCUUGAACUUGACUGCACUCGGAAUCACCAUUUUCUUCGCCUCUUCGGUCAGUCGUUUCGUUCCUUAAUUCGAGCCCCUAGUUGAAAGCUGUUUGUAUUCUCACGAUUUUUGAUGGGGAUUGUAACUUCAACAAUCUCUUCUCCGUUCUUUCUGCCAUGGAACGAUACUUGACUUAGGGUUCCCGAUCUAGCUCUGAUUAGCCAGAAAAAUCACGGAUGGGCAAUUAGAUUUCGGUUAUCCCACACCAUGGCUAAUCUAACGGAGCCUUCCUCCUCACUCACCUUCGCUUCUUCUUCAUACGUUUCCAACGGAUCGAGCGCAACAACGCCGGAGGUCGGAAAUAGCUUGGAAGUAGUAAGCCUAAGUAGACUGAGCUGCAACCUCGAGCGGCUUCUUAUCGAAUCGGAUUUCGAUUGCAGCGACGCCGAGAUAAUCAUCGAUGGCUCUGCCAUAGGUAUCCAUCGUUGCAUCCUGGCAGCGAGGAGCAAGUUCUUCCAUGAACUCUUCUCGCGAGACACUGCAACGGCGGGAGAGAAGAAGGGGGAGUUCAGAAAGCCGAGGUAUGAAAUGAGGGAUUUGGUGCAGGGUGGGCGGGUAGGGAAGGAGGCCUUCAGGGUGUUCUUGAGCUAUUUGUAUACUGGGAAAUUAAAGGCUGCCCCCCCUGAGGCGUCGACCUGCGUGGAUGCGACGUGCGCGCACGAUGCAUGCCGGCCAGCAGUGAAUUUUGUUGUCGAGCUAAUGUAUGCCUCUUCAGUUUUCCAGAUUUCUGAGCUGGUUUCCCUCUUCCAGCGCCGCCUUCUUAACUUUGUAGACAAAGCUCUCGUAGAAGAUGUAAUCUCAAUACUCCUUGUGGCUUUCCGCUCAAAGCUCAGUCAAUUGCAGAGUCACUGUGUCCAGAGAGUAGCAAGGUCUGAUCUUGACAACAUUGCUCUUGAGAAGGAAAUCCCAAUGGAAGUUGUUGAUGAGAUUAAAUUGGUAAGGAGCUGCACUCAGCCAAAUGACUCUGAUGCUUCAAAAAUGAACCCCAUUCAUGAGAAAAGAAUUAGAAGAAUCCAUAGAGCACUGGAUUCAGAUGAUGUUGAACUUGUAAAGUUGCUCCUAUCUGAAUCUGGUGUCACCAUAGAUGAUGCUUAUGCCCUCCAUUAUGCUGCAGCGUAUUGUGAUUCCAAAGUUGUUGCAGAAGUUCUGGAUCUGGGAUUGGCCAGUGUUAAUCUAAAGAAUGAGAGAGGCUAUACUCCUCUUCAUAUUGCUGCUAUGCGUGGAGAACCAGCAGUCAUUGUGUCUCUUCUGAACAAGGGUGCCUCUGCUUCAGAAACAACAGCAGAUGGCCAGAGUCCUGUUAGUAUCUGUAGAAGACUUACGAGGGCUAAAGAUUAUUAUGCAAGGACAGAGCAGGGUCAGGAGUCAAAUAAAGACAGGUUGUGUAUUGACAUUCUGGAAAGGGAGGUUAGAAGGAAUCCGUUAGCUGGGGAUAAGGCAGUGGCAUCUCCAUUGUUAGCUGGUGACCUGCACAUGAAGCUACUGUAUCUGGAAAAUAGAGUUGCUUUUGCAAGAUUGUUCUUCCCUUCUGAAGCAAAACUAGCCAUGGAAAUUGCACAAGCUGAAGCUACCUCAGAAUUUGCUGGGCUUUCUACAUCAAGGAGUGCUAGCAACUUGAGGGAGGUUGAUCUCAAUGAAACACCUAACACACAAAAUAAAAGACUUCGUUCAACGGUAGAAGCCCUCAUGAAGACAGUUGAGCUGGGUAGACGCUAUUUUCCACACUGUUCACAAGUGCUAGAUAAGUUCAUGGAGGAUGAUUUGCCUGACCUGUUCUAUCUUCAGAAGGGCACACCAGAUGAGCAGAAGAUCAAGAGGAUGCGAUUUUGUGAGCUCAAGGAUGAUGUCCGCAGAGCUUUCAACAAAGAUAAGGCUGAAAGCGGGCGUUCUGGUUUCUCUUCUUCUUCUUCGUCCUCAUCAUCAUUAAAGGGAGACCUAAAGCAGCAGAAGACUACCAGGAAAUAAAGCUCAGAUGAUUGCUGUAUGCGUAGUUUUUACUAGAAGGAAUUGGAGAACAGCCAAUAUUUAGUGUUGUUUUUGCUCGAGAGAUUGAUAGAGAUUAGUGGCAACAGGUAUAACCAUAUGUUGAUGUGUGAUUGCUUUGCUCUAUGUAAAAGUAGCAUUGCUUUCAGUUUGAUGUAAGUUCUUGUAAGAUAUUAACACGGGCAGUUGUAGUUCAUUAGUAUUUACGUUUUAUUUUAUUUUGAUUCGAAUC